AUGGCGGGCAACCAUUACGGCGUAUGGCACCAGACGUCCGAACAGGCUGUUCGCCGGCAGCAGACGUCCUCCUACGGGACGACAUUUACGACCGCGUCGGCCACGACGACCUUUGCCGCUGGAAUCAAGCGCCGCCGAAAUGACGAGAUCAACAGCAGCCAUGCCAGCGACUCAGGUACGGUGAACCACCCUGGCUCCGUGGCCAUGCCACCACCACCACCUGCACUACGUGGGCCUCUGCAACCGCCCGGCCAAUCCCCAUCGGCCAAGAAGCAACCGCCCGUGAUGUCGCUCCCGAUGAUGCCAUCGCGCCUGACCGCCGGUACCGUUGUUGAUGCCGUUGAUGCCGUUGAUGCCAGCACAGAGUCGCCCUCUGCAAAGCCGACACGGACACCCACGCCGGCACCGUCCUGGCUGCUCCACGGCACGACCGAGUACUCACAACGGCGCGUGCUGCGUGCCACGCCGUCGGCCGCACAGGAUCCGAUGCUGUCGCUCUCCCACGCUUGCUACGGCCUGCCUCCCCAAGUCGUCGCCAAUUUGGCCGGCAUGGGCAUCCGCUCCGUCUACCCAUGGCAAAAGCAGUGUCUGCUCGGGGGCAGCGAUGGUGGGAGGGAAGGCCGGGGUGAGCUGCUGGACGGAACACGCAGCCUGGUCUAUGCAGCGCCAACGGGUGGCGGCAAGUCGCUCGUGGCCGAUGUCCUCAUGCUGCGCCGCGUCUUGACCUCUGUUGACGGCGAAACAACGCCGCCCAUGUCGAUUGGCCCGCUGGGGCGAGGCCCGGGGCGAGGCCCGGGGCGAGCCAAUCGGCCCAAGGCGUUACUCGUUCUUCCAUUUGUUGCAUUGGUGCAGGAAAAGGUACGAUGGCUGCGGCGGGUGGUCCAGGGCGUCUCCUUUCAAGGCGACAGCCUGCGCGUUGUCGGCUUCUUUGGCGGCGCAAAGAUCCGUGCGCUCUGGGCCGACUUUGACAUUGGCGUCGCGACCAUCGAAAAGGCCAACGCUCUCAUCAACACAGCCAUCGACGACUGCACCAUCGGCGACCUCAAGGUUGUUGUGCUUGACGAACUGCACAUGAUCGACGACGCUCACCGCGGAUACCUGCUCGAGCUGCUGGCGACGAAGCUGCUGUGUCUGGAGCACAGUGUCCAGAUUGUCGGCAUGAGCGCGACGUUGAAUAACAUCGAGCUGCUUGCCCAGUGGCUUGGGGCCUUCUCGUACCAGACCAAAUACCGGCCUGUCCCGAUUGAAGAGCAUCUCGUGUACGACGGAUGCAUCUACUCGGCCGAGGCUACUCUGGCCCAGACAGCCGAUGGAAAUGGCAGCUUCAGCGCAUCACAGGAAAUCAAAGACAUCAAGCUUCCUUUGACAGCCCCACUGCGGAGGAUCCUUCCUGCCGAGCACAAAUCCCUGAACGAUCCCGUCACCAACGCGGUAGUUGCCCUCGCAAACGAAACGGCCCGCGCUGGCUAUGGAGCGCUCAUUUUUGCCAGCAGCCGCGCUGCCUCCGAGUCUGACGCCCUGCUGAUCAGCCGCGUUCUGCCGGCCACACUAGAGGAGCUGGGACCGGAUGUGUGGGGGGCCCGCCUCGACCUUCUCGGCGAGCUGCAGGCCGUAAUGGCCGGCGGCGGCGUCGACACCAACCUCAGCCAGACGAUUCUUGCGGGUGUCGGUUUCCACCACGCUGGCAUGACCACGGAGGAGCGUGACCUCGUGGCCCAUGCCUACGAUAUGGGUGUGCUGAAGGUUAUUGUUGCAACAUGCGGCCUCGCCGCCGGCAUCAACCUCCCGGCGCGCCGCGUCAUCCUGCACAAUGCCCGCAUGGGCCGGGAGCUCGUCGGGCCGGCCAUGCUCCGGCAGAUGCGGGGCCGUGCUGGACGCAAGGGCAAAGACGAGCUCGGCGAGACAUAUCUGUGCUGUCGAAGCGCCGACGUGGACGACGUAGUCGAUCUCAUGCAGGCUGAGCUGCCACACGUGUCGAGCUGUCUCGCGGGAGACGACGCCGACGCCGACGAGCCGGCGAAUAAGAAGCUGAAGAAGGACGAACCAGGGCCGGCCCACACAAUGGCAAACAAGAGGCGGCUGCAGCGGGCGCUCCUGGAGGUAAUUGCUGUACGGUUGGCUACGAGCCGUGAGUCCCUCGCGUCGUACGUGCGCAAGACUCUGCUCUUCCGUGCUUUAAUGAGUGAGUCGGGCGGGUGUAGGGAAAGCAGCAGCGAGGACGACCCAGACCUGCCGGCCAGUCUUGAGGCGGACGUCGCGUCCAGCCUGGCGGCUCUGCAAGCCACUGGCUUUGUCGAGAUGGACGAGUUUGACAACUUCCAGCCCAGUCGCCUUGGCAAGGCAGUCGUGGCCUCGGCGCUCGAUCCGGCCGACGCCGUCUUCAUCCACGGCGAGCUCCAACGCGCCCUCCAGGCGUUCGUCCUCGACGGCGAGAUGCACGUUCUGUACACCUUUACGCCCGUGCACGACGCUGGGAGCGGCAGCAUCGAUUGGCGGCGGUUCUGGACCGAGAUGGAAGGGCUCGACGAGAGCGGGCUGCGGGUGCUGCGGUUCUUGGGCCUCAAGCCGAGCGUGAUCAGCAAGAUGCAGCACGGUGGCACGCUCAAGGAGACGACAGCCGCGGACAAGGCGACGGCGCGCAUCUACCGGCGGUUCUACCUGGCGCUGCAGCUGCGCGAUCUCUGCAACGAGAUGCCAGUGCAUCGCGUGGCGCAAAAGUACAACACGCCGCGUGGUGCGGUGCAGACGUUGGCACAGACCUGUGAAGGGUUUGCCGCCGGCAUGAUCAAGUUUUGCGAGCACAUGGGAUGGGGUGCCAUGUCUUCUGUGCUGGAACACUUUGUCGACCGACUCAAAGCGGGCGCCAAAGCGGACCUGCUGGCCCUGGCUCGCAUUGCCUUUGUUAAGAGCCGGACAGCACGCGUCUUUUGGGAGAACGGGUUCAAGACCGUGGCAGCGGUGGCCAAUGCAGACCCGCAGGACUUGCUGCCCGUACUCUUGCAGGCACAGGCGAGUAAAGCGCGGCUCGGCGGUGACCGUAACGAAGUCAAGUUCAAGGAGAAGCUGCUUGAGAAGGCACAUAUCAUCACCGAGUCAGCCAACCGAAUAUGGCAACUCGAAAUGCAGAGAGACCUUGAUGAGGAAUAA